UAAACAAGAGGAAAUACAACAAUUUUUUUCCUCACGAAUAUGGAUAUUAUUUAUAAAAUAGUGAUUUUAAUACAAACUUGAUAUCUCAGUUUUUGCAUAUUGUUUUAAAAUUUAAAUGGAUACAGUAAAAAUAUGCAGAGCCUGUCUGUCACCAGAAGAUCGAGUGCAUCUACUAGAUUGGUACCAGCCUAUUGACUCCUCCAGAUGCGAUUUAUCAUACAAAGAGUGUUUUUGUAAGUGCACACAAAUUAAUCUCAGUUUAAAGGAUGAUCCAAGCGAAUCUGAUGAAACCCGAACGCAAUACUUAUGCUCUUGUUGCGCACAGAAACUUAAAGAUGCUUAUGAUUUUAUUGAAAAAGCGAGGAGAGCUGAUAAUGAAUUACGUUGCGCGAAGAACGAGAAAGUGAAAUUGGAGGCCGUGGAAAAUAAAUUUGAGUGGGUUCCAGUAGAAGUGAAGAAAGUGAAGAUAAAUAAGCCAGGACGGGAAGCAGCUGAGGAACACCCUGAAGAUGUAAAGGUCACAUAUACGUGGAAUGAGAACUCAAUGGACGAUAAUGGAAUAGCUAUUUCAGAUGACUUCGAACAUGGGGACAGCAUUGAUAAAAAAUUAGCAAACGAAUCGGAUGAGCAUUGCAUGGACGAAUUUGGGAAGCUGAAUGAUGAACGCAAAAAUUCGAAAAAUUUUAAGAAAAGAGGCAAAGUGAAAAAUAAGUCCGAUCGAUCUGGGAAACAUUUCAAAAGAUUGGACGAGCUUGUGAAUUGCGACGAAUGUCAGAAAACCAUGACGAGAAAAGCUUUGAGAAAACAUAAGCCCCGUCACAAGCCCAAAAUUUUUCUUUGUCAAGCCUGCCCCAAAACAUUUAGUGAAGCAAGUGGUCUAAAAAAUCACGAACUUAUCCACAGAGAAAAUCGGGAGAGAUAUCCGUGUGACAAAUGUAAUCAAACAUUCUUAUCAAGGUAUUCAUACAAAAAACACAUUCAGACGCAUGAAAGCAACCGGAAACCGAUAUAUCAAUGCACUCAGUGCGAAAAAUCAUUUCUUCAUAAAAACGGUCUAACAAUUCACGAACUUCAUCACAAAGGAGCCACAAUAGAAUGCAAUAUUUGCCAAAAACGAUAUGUGCGACAAAUAGACUUGGACACCCAUUUGCGAACUCAUUCGGGAGAAUCUCCGUUUGUGUGCCAUAUAUGUGAUAAAUCGUUUAUCCACAAACGUAUCUUAAAUAGGCACUUGCAAUAUCAUGAGGGGUACUUUAGUUACACUUGCUUAACUUGUGGAGCAAAAUUUUCAAAAUAUGACAAAUACUAUUCACAUCGCAUGCAACACACUGGUUUACCUUAUAAAUGUGGCUCAUGUGAAAAACAAUUUCCAGAUGCUUACAAAAUUAAGCGCCACAUUAGAGGGGUCCACAAGAUUGAACAGGAUAAAGAAGUAGAAAAACUCGUAGUGAGAAUAAAUAUAACAAAGGAACAUAGAGGACGAAUAGUUGAAAUUUUGAAGAAUCCAGAAAAUGAAAAAUAAUAUUAAUUACAGAUCCAUCAAUCGGUUAUGCAAAACAUUUAUUCGAAGCGCUUUGAAAUAAACUUUAGCCGGAUUUAUGACAUCAAUGUAUAUAUAUAUAAGUAGUUUAAUUAAAUGUGAAAUGUCGUUAGUGAAUGAAAAAUUUAACAGUGAGUUAUUCCGGUGAUGUUGACCCGACUGACAUAGGGACACAAGGUAAUAGAAAGUAUCAAUUAAUUUAAAAAUCGAGUGAUACAAUCUUGGCAUGCCGGUCCCCUAAUAUAAGGUGCUGUACCCUCUUUUAAUUUUCACAAUUCUUUUAAGUUCAACAGUUGCAUCUUAUGCAAUAUUGUCUUCUGGGUGUGCCUUUGAAUAUGGUAUGCAAACAUUAUUUCUUCAAUUAAAAAAGGACAUAAAGGCACAAUUAAUGAGAAAAUUAAUUGAGUUGAAUAUUUUUGAAUCAUAUUUCGAGUCAACUUUAGUUAGAUGCACCCGGCUUUAAAAAGUACCAAAUCGCUUAGUUAUAAAAAUUUGAAAGCGGAGCUUGAUGGACUUUUUGUGCUGUUUAUUGGGCAGAGAAAAUUACUAUCCCCUAAGUUACAAUUUUCAAUUGAGAAAUAUUGUUAAUAUUUCAAAAACUAAUUAACCGAUAGAAAAAAUAUGCCAACUCAAAGGCAAUUAAAGGCAAAUAAUAAUUACUGGAAACGAAAUGACAUGUAAAUUAGCCAGGAAAAGGAUGACUUCCCCAUUUAUAAGCCCAGAACCAUUUUGUGACCUUGGGAAAAGUAACUUCUCUUAUUCAAGAAGAAGAUGAAAGACAAAAUUGAACAAUCUAACGGGUUUCUCGCAACCAAAACCAACAAUAGGUAGGUUUGACCUAAACCGAUUUAAAGGUUGUAUGGAGUUAAAUAAAAAUAACUUUAGAACGAGCACAGGAAUUCUAACACUCAGUGUAAAUUGAAUCAUCAUUUUACUAACCUGAGAAUAUACGCCAAUGGAACUUGCACAUUCUGUAGUGAGGAAUGAAACUGUCAUCCGCGUGCUGGCGUCUUGCCCAGCACUAAGAGGAGAAAAUAAAACUCAAUAAAAUAGGACAAAUACCAAAAUUUAUUGAAGAAGUUGGGCUCAUAGAAAUACUCUGAUUCUAUGAAGGGGGAUCCUCAUA